ACUUUACGUUUUUAUUUACAUUUUACUUGGAAUUAAAAUUCCACAAAUUUCCUGUUUAAGUGUUUUCUAUGAAUUUGUGCAAUGUAUCAUUUGAUAACAGGACUUUACAAACAAAUUACAAGAAAAGACGAAUACAAUGUGCUAAUCUUAGGCUUGGAUAAUGCAGGAAAAUCAACAUUUCUGGAGACAGCAAAAACAAGAUUCACAAAAAAUUAUAAAGGAAUGAAUUUAAAUUAUAUUACGACAACAGUAGGACUUAACAUUGGCCAAAUAGAAAUAGCUGGUAUAAGAUUAAGCUUCUGGGAUCUUGGUGGCCAAAAAGAGCUUCAGUCUCUCUGGGACAAAUACUAUGACGAGUCUCAUGCCGUAAUUUAUGUGAUAGACUCGAAUGAUCGUGAAAGAAUGAAUGAGUCGAAAGAAUUAUUUGACAAAAUGAUAAAAAAUGAAUAUCUCUCGGGUGUUCCACUUCUGAUUCUUGCCAAUAAGCAAGAUCUAGAGGAUUGUAUGGGUGUGAGAGACAUAAAACCAGUAUUCCAGCAACAUGGUCAUUUAAUCGGACGGAGAGAUUGCUUAACAAUUCCUACAUCUGGACUUACAGGAGAAGGUGUUAAUGAGGCAAUCAUGUGGCUUGUUGAAGCAUUAAAGAGAAACUCCAUCGUUCGUCCACCUAAGACUCUCGAUUAAUGUGAAUGAAUAAACCAUCAGAAUCCUUCUACUUUUAAGCAAUUAAAAAAGUUUCAAUAAAUUUCAUAUUUUCAAAAUUCG